ACACACCUGCAUCCACUUGUUUUUAAUUGAACCCUUCCAGCAGCAGCAACGUUCAAAGCAAAACACACUCUGCUCUCGCUGCGUCACAGAUCAUGGCUGAGUCUCGGAGAGUUCAGCUCACCACUCUAAGCUGUGGUGUCGCUUCAUUCAGUUCUGACACAUCGGACCCUGUCCGACAGGGUUGUCCGGGUGUUCUGCAGGACAACGGAACCGGGUCGGGCCGACCAUCUGUCACCGAAACGAUGCGGCUGGUUAUCACUUUGUUUGAGCCUGACAGGAGGAGAUUUCCAGAGUUUAACUACUGCGAGCUGAUUGAGAACAAGCAAACAGAAGAUGUCCCGCUGAGCCAACUUGACCUGGAAGAAAAGGGAGAACAUGAUGAAGCUGCUGCCAUCGCAAGAACGUUGGAAGAAAAAUAUGACGACAAACGUAAACGAAAAGACCGCAUUCAGGACCUGGUUGACAUUGGGUAUGGAUAUGAUGAGGAUUCUUUCAUUGAUAACUCGGAGGCGUAUGACGAGUUUGUGCCGUCUUUCCUUACGACUAAAUUUGGUGGAUUCUAUGUGAAUUCGGGUGUGUUGCACUUUCGUCAGAUUUCUGAUACCGACACUGAUGACUUCUCAACAGAAGAGGGAAUAAUUGAGCCAACAAAAAAACGUAAAUUUGAUGGUGAACAGGAUAAGCCGAAGAAACGACGUGGAGAGAUGAAGAGCAACACAAAAUUGAGCACUGUGUCCAAAACAAGAGUGAAUGAUGUAAAGAUCAAAAAGAAAAAGGCUGCAAAGAUGUUGAGUGUCACCAGCAUGCUGAAAAGGUUUCAGCGAGAGAAGGAAAAGGAGCGGCAGAACAUGGAAAAGGCAAAUCAGAUGAUGGAGGCAACCACGGCCUCCCCGUUUCCAACAGAUGCAGCUGGGGGAGGUUCUGGUCUUACAGACCGUCUCCUCAGUUUGAUUGGUUCCACAAAUGAUCACGCUUUGAUCCAAGCAGCCAGCACAGUGGAUUUUGAUAUAGAUUUGGACUCUUUGUUAGAGGUCAGCGAAGAGAAUUUGUCACCAAAAUCUCUUCCUCAAGCAGCUGCUGAAAUGCAGCUCAUCAAACCUGGAUCAGGUCUUCAGGUCCAGCAGAACAUUCAGUCUGAAGCUGAAUCCCAACCUUUAACUGCGAAGGCGAAUGUGCUGCCAAAGCCUCAGUCUGAUCAACUUCAGUUCCUGGCUGAACCCAGUCCUGUGGUACGGUCUCUGAGUACCUCCCUGCCUGAGGGACUUCCCCCGGGGUUGGUAGACAGCAUUGGGGAUCUUGUGAUGGCUGCUAAGACAUCAGAGGGCGAGUCAAAAGUCAAGUUCUUCAGUUCAGAUAUCAACUCAAUUCUGCUCGACUCAUGCUUGUCUUGCUUCAGUAUUGAGCUGCAGUGUCAGGAGCAGAGCAGCCAGCUUCGCUCAAAGGUCUACAAACACCUGUCCUCUUUCAUGCCCUGCAGCAAAGAUACUCUGCUGAAACGAGUAAAGAAACUACUGAUCACACAUGAAGAAGAACCUACUGCAGAAGACCAACUGCAGAAACUUAAGAAGGCAAUUGAAAGAUCAAUGCCAGAGCAGAUGGCUUGCUUUCAGGAAAGUUGCCAAGCCUAUGCGCAGGCCAAGACUUCAAAGGAAACGGAGGAGGAAAAUUUGGAGGAGAAAAGUGUCAGAAAAGGCGUUCCGAAGAAAGUGUUCAAAUGGAAUCAGGAGAUCCGAAAUUGCCUGGAUCUCCUAUUGAAAGAGAAAAUGGAGAAAUGUCAAAAAGAAGGAAAAUAUGGGCAGGAACUUGAGGAGUACCUGAAAACUGUGCUUGACAAUGAAGUUAAACCACUUUGGCCUAAAGGAUGGAUGCAGUCAAGGGUGCUGAGGAAGGAGAGCAGGAAGUUGUCAGGCCUCUUCUCUUCGCUCCAACUAAAUAAAGCCAAGGGUUUUCAAACUGAAAAGGGUCACUCCUCUGUUGGUGGAGCUUCCAAAUCCACAGAUGGGUGCAGCAGUCUUCAAGGAACUGAAGAACUGAAGGUGGAGUCGAGCAUCUUUGUCUUAUCACCUUCAACCGCAGACAAACCUCCAGCAAACCCUACAUCUGCUCCUGAACGUUCCCUCCUGGAUAUCCUUGCUGACCAGGCGCUGGCUCGUGAGCACCCACUCGAUCUUUCCAGGGGCUACAUGGCGACAGCCAUUUUCAAGCCCUGGAGCUUUGGUAGUAUGGAUGACAGAAGUCCUCCUCUUCCUCCUCCACCACCUAACUCCAGCCCAAUCAAUUUCCCUGAAAGUCAGGUUGUUUUGCCUCAACUGUUGCAGGUUGGAGACAUGAGAUCUUUAGCAGCCCCCCAACUCAGAAAUGGACAAUAGAUUUCAUUCUCAUAUGAUUAACAUGAUUUCUGAUGGGCUAUUGGGGCUCUGUCAGAACGGUUAAAAAUGCAAGAUUAUGGUUGAAUAGCUUUACAGUUUUGAAUUGGACAUUGUGAAAACUUUAUAAUUUGCCUUAAUAAAAAUAAAUAAAACAGCAAA